UCUGGUUAAGCUAAACCCAAGGUUUCUUUUUCUUAAUUAUGGAUAUUAACAUGGGGAACAACAACACCGAUUCUUUUUCCACUCGGAAUUGGCUUGAUUUCUCUCUUUCCAACUUGCCCUCCUCUUCCUCUCAUCUUUGUUUAUUUGAAGCUUUCUCCCCUUCUACCACGGCCGCCGUCCAGUCUACAGCAGCAGAAGAAGAUGAAGGUGCAGGUGCAGUUACCACUGCGUUUAAUGAAGGCCCGAGACUCGAGGAUUUUCUCGGCGCUGGUACUGCAACCAAACAACAGCAUCAUUUCUCAGCUGGAAUACGACCCGUGACCGUCUCCGACAACGAUAUAUACGACUCCGAUCUUAAAACCAUAGCCGCUAGCUUUCUUCGAGGGUUUUCCUCUGAAAACAAACAACAACAGGCGGUGCCUAAGGCUGAACCGGCACCGAGAAAAGCCGCUGAUAGCUUUGGCCAACGUACCUCUAUUUACCGAGGAGUCACCAGGCAUAGAUGGACUGGAAGAUAUGAGGCUCACUUGUGGGACAAUAGUUGCAGAAGAGAGGGCCAAAGUAGGAAAGGAAGGCAAGUUUAUUUGGGUGGGUAUGAUAAGGAAGAUAAAGCAGCAAGAGCUUAUGAUCUUGCAGCUCUAAAGUACUGGGGUGCGACCACCACCACCACUAACUUUCCGAUUUCUAACUACGAGAAAGAACUAGAAGAGAUGAAGAACAUGACUCGGCAAGAGUUCAUCGCUUCACUACGAAGGAAAAGUAGUGGAUUUUCAAGGGGUGCAUCGAUCUACAGAGGGGUCACAAGGCAUCAUCAACAUGGGAGGUGGCAGGCAAGAAUUGGAAGAGUUGCAGGCAACAAAGAUCUUUAUCUGGGAACAUUUAGCACCCAAGAAGAAGCAGCUGAGGCGUAUGACAUUGCUGCAAUAAAAUUUAGAGGCCUAAACGCAGUGACGAACUUCGACAUGAGCCGAUACGACGUGAAUAGCAUCGCCAACAGUAAUCUUCCCAUCGGCGGACUUAGCGGCGGCAAAUCCAGAAACUGGUCAGAUUCAGCUUCUGUUACUAAGCGCACUGCUGUCACCGAGGACGAGAACUCAGCAGCAUUUUCCGUCACCUUUGCAUCUAAGCCUUCUGCUGCUGCAGGCUCCAAUCUCAGCAGCUUUGCAAUUCCCAUCAAGCAGGACACAUCUGAUUAUUGGUCUAACAUCUUCGGAUAUAACAACAGUACAGCAAAGAACCCAAGUGUUGCAGUUGCAGCAGCUACCAUGUUACAAACUCCGACCUCCUUCGGCAUGGAUUUCGGUGUAAAUUCCAAUGAUUACAAUGUUAGUACUUCAACACCUUCGAUUUCACCGAUCGCCUUGAACAACAGCGGUAUAAACAACGAGGGCUCAACUGGCUAUCACCAUAGCUGGAACAUUGCACAAACAUUGCAUUCUUAUCAGACUGCAAAGCAAAGCCUCUCAGUAUUGCAGACACCGAUUUUUGGCAUGGAAUGAGCUGAGGGACAAGAAUUACUGUGGGGGGUAAUUUUUUUUUACUUGAAUAGACUGACAAAGCAUAGUAUUU